GCUGGGCGGUCAUUGGGCGGCGUGAUCUCGCCGCGGUUCCGCGGCCCUGCCGCCGCCGCCGCCGCUAGCUGAGCGCACCGGGCGGGCCGGGCGAGUGGCCAUGGCGGGCGCCGAGGACGGGCCGGGCCAGCAGCCGGAGCUGGAUGAGGACGAGGCGGCGUAUUGCCGGCGCUGGGGCGCGCAGCACGCCGGGGCUCGCGAGCUGGCCGCGCUCUACUCUCCAGGCAAGCGCUUCCAGGAGUGGUGCUGCGUGAUCCUGUGCUUCAGCCUCAUCGCCCACAACCUGGUCCACCUCCUGCUGCUGGCCCGCUGGGAGCACACGCCCCUCGUCUUGCUGGGCGUCGUUGCAGGCGCUCUCAUUGCUGACUUCUUGUCUGGCCUGGUGCACUGGGGAGCUGACACCUGGGGCUCCGUGGAGCUGCCCGUCGUGGGGAAGGCUUUCAUCCGACCCUUCCGCGAGCAUCACAUUGACCCCACAGCCAUUACGCGACACGACUUCAUCGAGACCAACGGGGACAACUGCCUGGUGACACUGCUGCCUCUGCUAAAUAUGGCCUACACGUUCCGCACCCAGAGCCCGGAAGCCCUGGAGCAGCUGUACCCCUGGGAGUGCUUCGUUUUCUGCCUGAUCAUCUUCGGCACCUUCACCAACCAGAUCCAUAAGUGGUCGCACACGUACUUCGGGCUGCCACGCUGGGUCACCCUGCUGCAGGACUGGCAUGUCAUCCUGCCACGCAAACACCACCGCAUCCACCAUGUCUCACCCCACGAGACCUACUUCUGCAUCACCACAGGCUGGCUCAACUACCCUCUGGAGAAGAUAGGCUUCUGGCGACGCCUUGAAGACCUCAUCCAGGGCCUGACCGGCGAGAAGCCCCGGGCCGAUGACAUGAAAUGGGCCCAGAAGAUCAAGUAAUGCCUCCGAGCCUGCUGCCUCGUUGCCAGCCCUCCCGAGCCCCCUAAACCGAAGCCAUCUGCCAAAUUCCAGCCUCCUGUGCUGGCCCCUCCACGUGGAGAGGGCGCCUCCUGGGCUGGGCCCGGGCACCCCCAGCCCACCCCUCGUGACACAGAAUACUUGAGCCACUGAUUUUUCAUUUCCUUUUUUUUUUUCCUUCAUUUUCUCUCCUUGGCCCCUCCCCAGCCACCUGAGCUGUUCUGUCUCCAAGCCUGACUCUGCAGAAAAAGGAGCUCCCCCCCCGCCCCUGCCAGCCAUUUCUUGGGUAGAAGAGACACUCACCCACUCCCUGCACUCCUACAGCACCCCCCCCCCCACCUCACUGGGCAGCCCUUCGGCGUGGCUGGCGUUGGGGCCGCUGAGUCGUCUUCCCUGUCUCUCCUUGUUUGCCCCCAGUGGUCUAGAAGCCCCCGGGCACACCUGAGUGUCCCUGGAGCAUUUGCCCCGCCAUGGCCCUGUGCACCGACCCUGAAGACCUGAGUGGGUAGACAGCCCCAGGCGCCACCUUCAGCCUAGCCCGUCCACCCAAGGAUGACGGAGCGCAGCAAGGGUCUGAGGGCGGCCGGCCAGCAGAGGCAGGAAUCCCCUGCCCCGAGUCGGGACCCCCUUCUCCCCUGCCCGUCCCCCACCUGCCCAUGUGAUUCCAGCCAGAGCUGAUACUUCUAAUCAGAGGGUGUCUUCACAGAGUGCAGCCCCUGCAAAGGGUCUUGCUAGUUUGGAAGGGGACACGGUGUCCCCUCUGGCUAGGUGAAUGUCAGAGAAGGAAGAAUGGGGCAUGUUUGUUUUGGUUUUUUUUUUUAAAGGUGCUUGCUUGUUUAAUGUAAAUAAUAGAAAGCCUUAAUAUCUUUUCUGUAACACGGAGUAAUAUUUUAAUGUCAUGUUUUGGAUGUACAUAAUAUAUUUAUAACAAAGCAGCAAGAGUCUACUUAACCUCGGCUGCCUCGUGUUUCCUGGUUGGCUGGGGGAAGUGGGGGGCGGGUGGUUAAGGAUCCUGGAGAGUAAGACCCCACCUCUACCCCCAUUCCCAGCUCCCUUCCCCCACCCUUGGGCUCAGAAAGGGGUUUUUUUCACCUGAGACAGUGAAUUACUGUUGCCAUGUGCUCCAGCCACUUUUGGAGGUGACCCACGGUUGGGUGAGGAAGGGUCUUGCAAGAAUCAUGAUAACAGAGUAAUGAAGGCUGAUCCCUGUUAGUGAGUUCCUUUAGCAAAUGUAUUGGCACCUCGUGUGUGCCAGGCUCUGACCUGGACACUGGGACACAGCACUGAACAGACAGACAAUGACUUAUCCUGGUGGGGCUGACCUCCUGAGAGACAAUAAACAUAUAUAAAUGCA